AUGGGCAACUCCAUUUCAUAUACAGCAUUUGACUGUCAUGUAGACCUCCUCAAAAAUGCAGGGACCCUCAAAGGUCUGCAGUUUGAUUCCAAAUCUCGCAGAUUCGCCGGAGUUCCUUAUGCACAACCUCCCGUCAACGAUUUGAGAUGGCGGAAACCAGCACCUCUGCCCCAGGGCCAAGUUUACUCCGAGCCAGACGGUUCUCCGUAUGAUGCCACUUCAUUCGGUCCUGUCUGUCCACAAGCCAACUAUUCCAAAACCGUCAGCGAGCAUGUUCCAAACCAUGUCUACAACGAGGACUGUCUCAGGCUCAACAUCUGGACACCUGUUCCAGACCCUCAAGUUCCCGAUCCAAAAUGGCCAGUAAUGGUCUGGUUCCAUGGCGGAUGGUUCCAAGUCGGCGACCCAAGCCAGGAAGAGAGCAUGGAUCCCACCGAGCUUAUAUCCACCGGUAAUCUGCAAGCCGUGUUUGUCGCGGUAGGGUAUCGUCUCAAUGUCUUUGGCUUUCUAGCCGGCAGUGCCCUCAGCGACGAAUCCGCCGGGCAGGCUGUGGGCAACUACGGCCUCUGGGACCAGCGCCUCGCCAUGGACUGGGUAUACGAAAACAUCUCCGCUUUUGGAGGCGAUCCAGAGAACAUUGUUCUCGCAGGACGCAGUGCUGGAGCGUAUUCGGUGCUUGCCCAGACGCUCUACGACUUCAGAGGCAAGGAGUCUCACGGGCGCUUUCGACGACUGAUCAUGUACUCCAACGCCAUCCCCACGCAGCCUAAAUUUCCAGAGGACUGCGAAGCGCAGUUCGAUGAGCUUUGCGCGUACUUUGGCGUUCCCGGCGAGCUGAGCGGCCCUAAAAAGAUGCGCAUGCUGCGGGAAAUCAGCGCGGAGGAGCUCUGUUCUGGUAUCAUGGAGUUGAAGCAUCACACCUUCCGUCCCGUCACGGACGGUGUCUUCAUCCAUCCCGGCAUAUUUGACUACUAUAGGGAUGGGCGCUUCGCCGCCGAAUUCAAGAAGCGCAGCCUCAAACUCUUCAUUGGAGAGGUGAAGGACGAAGACACACUGUACGCUGUUACGAACCCACCAGAUGCCAAUCUUGAUUCACUGCAGCUUCAAGUUUCCAACUAUUACUCCUCGGCAACGACAAAACGUCUGCUGGAGCACUAUGACUUGCCCCAGUCGACAGAUCAGCACCACUGGCGAGGAACAUUCGGGCGCAUCAUCGCCGAUGGUCAGGUCAGAGCUCCUUCUCGGUAUUUAGUUAAUAAUCUGCUACAGAAUGGUGUUGAGAUGAACAGCGUAUGGCGCUAUCUCAUCUCAUAUCGCCUGUCAUUCAUCACUACCGACGUUGCUCCGGCUGCAUUUGGAGUUAGCCAUGCGAUGGACAGGCCGAUCUGGAACUACUCCAUUACACAUGAGCCGAUUGAGACAGAACUACACCUCAUGAAUAACUGGAUUCGGGACUUGCGGGCUUUUGUUCAUGAUGAAGAAGGGAUUAUGGAGGAUAAACGUUGGGGUGAGUUGCUGCAGGUCAUGGAGAUCUUCUCAGGCUAG